UAAUAAUAUUUAAAUAAUAAAAGUUACCUGAUGUAACUUUCAUAGUGUAACACAAGUCAUCGCUAUUUGGGCAUUCUUGCUGCGUUAUUGACGAAUCACAAUCGUGACAGUCACAGGAGUAGUAACACAAUCGCGAACUACCAAAAGCAAGUGUUACAAAAUAAAGCAACAAAAAAUUGUUUUUAGUGUCAUUAUAAAGUGUUUAACUAUAAAGUCGCAAAAGUGUUACAAUAAUAAAAUGAACAAUCUUAUCUUGUUAUGAGUCAUAAAAAGUGUUUUUGGGUAAAAAUAAGAUAAAUAACACUAUGUAUAAACUUCAUUAUGUAGUAGUAUAAAAACACCACAUUUCGAUUUUUUAUUCAAAUCUUCCGUUAAUUAUUACGGACCAAGUCUAAGUGACGGCCUGAGGAAGAUUUAAAUAAAAAAUCGAAACGUUGCCGGAAAAUUGUGUUUUUGUAUUAACCCGUCCAAAAACACCCUAUAAUUUCUACUACUUACUUAAAACAAAAUGGACGACAAUACAUGAGAAAUACUGAACCUAAUAUUUAUCAAAGUUAAACAGAUGAAUGCUUCUGUAGAAUAUUUAACUUGUGGAUCAAGUCGUCUGCAUUAAUUUGAUGUUUUGAUACACAGACGUCAAAAACAGUGUAUGCAGAUUAAAAUCGUCCAUCUUUGUCUAACUCAAACUAGUCAUUUUACACACUAUUUGUGAUAUCAUAUAACAGAAAUUUAUUCCUUAGUAAAAUUAGUUCAAGUUUUUCAUUCUUAUUCUCUGAGUGUGUUUUCCCACACAAAAAUGAAAUAUUUUACAUAUGUAACAUUUUUAUUCCUUAUUUCUGCAACUUUGGGUGUGCGUUUGGAAUGUUACACUUGCUUUGACUGUGGGAAAACACCUAAUACUUGGGAACGGUCAAAUUGCUCGUUGGACAGCACAGAGCAUUAUCUUUGUCUACAUCUAAAAUCUAAUGGUACGGUUCAAAAAGAAUGUAUUCCUAACGAUAAAGAAUUUAUAGAACUAUGUGAUGCCGUCAAUAGGAAUAAGACAAACUCCAAUGAUUACUGUUUUUAUUGUGAGAGAGAUCUUUGCAAUGUUAAUUCAGCCCAGAUCCAGAUUGAAUCUUGUGUCAUCUUACUGCUUAAUGCGAUUAUUUUGAACUUUUAUUUUGAUUAAUUUAACAUUUAUUAUUAUUAUAUUAUUAUGUAACUAACAAAGCUUAAAAUUUGUGCUUUAACUAUGUACCAAUUGAGUUUCUUAGAAGCACAAUGAUGGAACUGAAUACAUAAUGUAUAGUUUAAUAAAAAUUUGUGUUGAG